UUCUAAGAUAUUUUUUUAUUAACUCGCAUAUAAAAAAGCAACGGUGGUGUAAGCCAUUCUCAUCUUCUGAUUGCUCCAAUUAUAUCCUUCAUAGAUUUCAACUCAAUAAUAUCACCAUGUUCACCCUCUCCACAUUGGUUCUACUUUUCUGUGUCCUUUCUACACUUAUUUGCUACGCAUGGCUUUACUUCUUCAAACCCAACACUCAGAGGCUUCCACCGGGCCCAUCCGGCCUCCCUUUCCUCGGGAACCUUCUAUCUCUUCAACCGGAGCUUCACACUUACUUCGCCGCCUUGGCCCAGAUCCACGGCCCAAUUUACAAGCUCCGACUCGGGAGCAAGCUCGCCAUCGUCAUAGCUUCACCGGCCGUGGCUCGCGAGAUCUUGAAAGACAACGACACUGUUUUCGCCAACCGCGACGUCCCAGCCGCCGGGAGGGUUGCCACCUACGGCGGUUUUGACAUAGCGUGGACACCCUACGGAGCCGAAUGGCGAAUGCUGAGGAAAGUCUGCACUGUGAACAUGCUGAGCAACGCCACCCUGGACUCCGUGUACGAUCUGCGGCGCAACGAGGUGCGUAAAACGGUGUCGUAUUUGUACAGCCGAGCGGGGAGUGCGGUGAACGUGGGGGAGCAGGGGUUUCUGACGGUGAUGAAUGUGAUAACUAGUAUGAUGUGGGGCGGGGCGGUGGAAGGGGCGGAGAGGGAAACUUUGGGAGCGGAGUUCAGGGAGUUGGUGGCGGAGACGACGCAGCUUCUGGGGAAGCCGAAUGUGUCGGAUUUUUUUCCCAGUUUGGCGCGGUUCGAUUUGCAAGGUGUGGAGAAAGAGAUGCACGUGUUGUUGUCACAGUUCGAUGGGAUAUUUGAAAAGAUGAUUGGUGAGCGAGUGAAGGUGGGUGGGAAGAAGAAAGAAAGAAAGGAUUUUCUGCAGUUUCUGUUGGAUCUUAAGGAUUCCGAAGAUGUUGAUUCGAAGACGCCAUUCACCAUGACCCACCUCAAGGCCAUACUCAUGGAUAUGGUUACAGGGGGAACAGAUACAUCUUCGAACACAAUUGAGUUUGCAAUGGCAGAAAUAAUGCAGAAAGAAGAGGUAAUGAAGAGAGUGAAAGAAGAGUUGGAAGUGGUGGUCGGAAAAGAUAACAUGGUAGAAGAGUCUCAUAUUCAUAAGUUGCAUUACUUGCAAGCAGUGAUGAAAGAAACUCUUCGGUUGCAUCCUGUACUUCCACUUCUAAUCCCACAUAGCCCCAGUGAAAGCACCAAUGUGGGAGGCUACACCAUCCCAAAGGGUUCUCGAGUGUUCGUGAAUGUUUGGGCCAUUCAUAGAGAUCCUUCCAUUUGGGAAAGACCACUGGAAUUUGAGCCUUCAAGGUUCUUAGAUGGAAAGUGGGAUUUCAAUGGCAAUGACUUCAGUUAUUUCCCCUUUGGAUCUGGAAGAAGAAUUUGUGCAGGAAUAGCAAUGGCUGAGAGAACAGUUCUCUAUCUUCUUGCAACACUUAUACACUUAUUUGAUUGGAGAAUACCAGAAGGAGACAAGUUAGAUGUAUCAGAGAAAUUUGGUAUUGUUCUAAAAAAGGAAACACCUCUUGUUGCCAUCCCCACCCCGCUCUUCUCCAACCCACACCUUUAUAGUUUGUAAAAUGAUAUUUUAACAUCAAUUGUUUUGAAACUAUAUUGACACUGCAUACGUGUUAAAAUAUGGUUGGAUGAUUUUAAA